AUGUCUUCCGCUUUCUCUCUCUUUAUAGCUCCCCUCCCUUUUGUACGCACCUAUCUCAUUUUGGUUUUUCACUCUUAUCCCUCUCUAUAUUCCUCUUUCCUACUCUCCGCUUAUUUCUGUUUCGUCUCUCUCUCUCUCUCUCUCUCUCUCUCUCUCUCUCUCUCUCUCUGUGUUAUCUUCUCUGUUUCUCUCACUUUCUCUCUCUCUCACACUCUUUCUUUCGCUUCAUCACUCUCUUUCUCUGAUUCCCUCUCUCUCUCUUUCUCUCUCUCUCUCUCUCUGUGUCUCUCUCUCUUUCUCUGUGUGUUCAUCACAUUCUGUUCAACCUAUCUAUCUCAUUCCCUUUCUAUUUUCUGCUUUCGUUCUUUUUUUUUUUCAACCUUUCUUUCUCUCUAUUUUAGCUUUCUAUCUCACUUACUUUCUUUUUGCGUUACUUCUUUCUUUUCUCUCUCUCGUUCUCUCUCUCUCUCUCUCACUCCCUUCUUUAUUACCGUAUCUGCUCGUAUCAUUUUUCUUCUCUCUUCUUCAUUACUAUUAAUCAAUCUGUUCCAUAAUAAUCCCUUUAUUUUUCUUAAUCUGAUUCUCUCUCUCUCUCUCUCUCUCUCUCUCUCAAUAAUACCUUUUAUCUAUUCUUUUCCCCUCUUUUUAAUGCCACAUUCUUUUUCUCUUUUUCCCUUUAUUUGCAUCAUUCUAAUCGAUCCGUUUCAUAAUGCUUCUUCUUCUUCUUCUUCUUCUCCUCCUCCUCCUCCUCCUCUCCGUUUUCCUUCAAACUUUCUGCCCUGUAAUAAUCUAUUUACCUUUCUCUUCUAUUUUUCUCUCUUUCUUUUUAUUCUCUUAAAAAAAAACAAACGCUAUCUUUUUUUUUCUUUUCCCCGUUCAUUUCGCCAUAUCUCUUUUUUCGAUUUCUCCCGCUCUUUCUCUUUCUUAUCUACUGCCCACCCUCUCAUUGCUUCUCAACUUAUCUGGAAUAUUUCCUCGCUUUUUUCCUAA